UGGUUAAUAAAUUUUUGAUGUGCUGCUUGCGCUUGUUUUGUUUCAUGGAGAAAACUGGAAAAGGAAAAUUGUUUAGAAAAGAAAGUGUUCGCCAGGCCUGUUUUUUCACACCCUUUUCCUAUAUUCGUUGAUAACUGAUAAGUGUGAAGUGUAAUCAAAUGAAAAAUGGACGUGAAACAAGAAAUUAGCGAGGAAGUGUGUAAAAUAGAAUAUAAUGACUUGGAUGAUGCAAUUUUGGAUAGCUUUAAAUGUGAACUUAAGGAGGAAUGUAACAGGCAAAGUACACAUGACAUAAACGAUUAUUUAGACUUAAAAGAAUAUCCCAAACAUACUGAAAUAGGACAACAUGGAAAUAAACUUAACCCAUUUGAAGAAAACCAAAAGACUGAAAAUACUGAAAAAGGUUACCUCCAAGACGAACACAAAAUGGAAAUCAUGGAGACACUAAUUGAAGAUUCAUCUUACGAAGGAAAUUAUACCAGUCAACAAGAUGAAGGAAAAACUUUAAAUAGAAAUAUAACCGGACGAAAACUUUACAAUUGCGAAAUUUAUUUGAAGCAAUUCAAUCAAUCAAGUCAUUUGAAAACACAUUUGAGAGUGCACACUGGAGAAAAAUCUUACAAGUGUGAAAUUUGUUUGAAGCAGUUUAGUCAAGCAGGCAGUUUGAAGACGCAUUUGAGAGUGCACACUGGAGAAAAACCAUUCAGGUGUGAAAUUUGUUUUAAGCAAUUUAAUCAUGCAGGUAAUUUGAAAGCACAUUUGAAAGUGCACACUGGAGAAAAAUCUUACAAGUGUGAGAUUUGUUUAAAGCAAUUUAGUGAAGCAAGCAGUGUGAAAACACAUUUGAAAGUGCACACUGGAGAAAAAUCUUAUAAGUGUGAAAUUUGUUUUAAGUCCUUUUCUCAGGCAGGUACUUUGAGAACACAUACGAGAGUGCACACUGGAGAAAAUCCUUACAAGUGUGAAAUUUGUUUUAAACAAUUUAAUCGAGCAAUUACUAUGAAAACACAUUUGAGAGUGCACACUGGAGAAAAACCUUACAAGUGUGAAAUUUGUUUCAAGCGAUUUAGUCAAGCAUGUCAUUUGAAAAAACAUUUGAAAGUGCACACUGGAGAAAAACCUUACAAGUGUGAAAUUUGUUUUAAGCAAUUUAGUGAAGCAAGCAGUUUGAAAACACAUUUGAGAGUGCACACUGGAGAAAAACCUCACAAGUGUGAAAUUUGUUUUAAGCAAUUUAGUGACGCCAGUACUUUGAGAAAUCAUUUGAAAGUGCACACUGUGGAAAAACCUCACAAGUGUGGAAUUUGUUUUAAGCAAUUUAAGCAAGCAGGUAGUUUGAAAACACAUUUGAGAAUGCACACUGGAGAAAAAUCUUAUAAGUGUGAAAUUUGUUUUAAGCAAUUUAGUGAAGCAAGCAGUUUGAAAACACAUUUGAGAGUGCACACUGGAGAAAAACCAUACAGGUGUGAAAUUUGUUUUAAGCAAUUUAAUCAAGCAGGUAAUUUGAAAACACAUUUGAAAGUGCACACUAGAGAAAAAUCUUACGAGUGUAAGAUUUGUUUAAAGCAAUUUAGUGAAGCAAGCAGUUUUAAAACACAUUUGAGAGUGCACACUGGAGAAAAUCCUCACAAGUGUGAAAUUUGUUUUAAGCAAUUUAGUGAAGCAGGUACUUUGAGAAAUCAUUUGGAAGUGCACACUGUGGAAUAACCUUACAAGUGUGGAAUUUGUUUUAAGCAAUUAAAUCAAGCAAAGUGCACACUGGUGAAAAAUAUUACAAGUGUGAAAAAGUGAAAUUUGUUUAAAACAGUUUUCUCAGGCAGGUGUUUUGAAAACACAUUUGAGAGUGCACACUGGAGAAAAAUCUUACAAUUGAUAGAUUUGUUUAAAGCAAUUUAAUCAAGCAAGUAAUUUGAAAACACAUUUGAGGGUGCACACUGGAGAAAAAUCAUACAAGUGUGAAAUUUUGCUUGAAAAUGUUUUCUUAGGGAAGUUCUUUAAAAACACAUUUGAAAGUAUACAGUGAAAAAAAUCCUAACCAGUAUAAAUUUGUUUUAAUCCUUCACUGCGUGAUUUUUUAUUUUUUAAUUAAAAAAAGUUUACAGAUUGAAUUUUCGUUAUUUUUGUGGGAAAAAUAAUAAAAAAAAUUCUGAGCGACUAUUUUUUUUAUUUUGAAAAAACAAGUGAAAGACAGCUUAUGUUUCCUUUCGGUUCAGAGGUGGUUGACCAUUCCCAGAUAGCUGUUUCUGUCUCUAGACGUCUUCAGUGGGGCUACAUGAACACCUAUGAAUCGAAGCCAAACCAAACUGUGUAUUUAAGCAAUACAAAAAUAAAUACACACAACGCAAAAGUCUAGGGAUAUUUUUAUUAAUAGACGUAUUUUGUUUAUCUGUAAUCAACUUAAAAAAAGUAAUACAAAAUUUGUAGUUUAAA